GUCGUCGGCUUCUAUCCUGAUUUUUUAUUGUACACCUCAGCCCUAAAACAAUUGAUAUUUUCCAAGUUUUAUUUUCCUCGCGUGAUCAUUUUGACCGUGGGUGGAGCGUGCCGAGCGCCCUUCGCGAUUGACAUGCUGACAUGAUAUCUUAUCCUCCUUCUCUCCUCCCACCAUCUCAACUCUGCAAUGUCUGAGAUGGACGAGAAAUCGUCGCCGAGAACCCCUUCAGCGGAAUUGAAUCCCGCGAGUUCGCGCGCACAGACGGAAUGGACGACGACGCGUAAGGAAUUGUGGGCUUACUAUCUCUACUAUGUCGGGAACAACGGGCUAUCUGGCUUCAACUUCGGGCCAUCUCAAUUCCAGAACCUCCUGUAUCUAGCAGGGUACGAUCCGACACAACCACCUUUUGCUGCUCCCUGCGGCGCUAAUGGGUGUGUUCUGCCCUAUCUCGGGCGCGUGCGCGACAUCAACUCGAUCGUCCUAAUGACUAAUGGGAUUUCCUUCGCCGUGCAAGCUGCGCUGCUGCUGAUCAUCGGCGCGUGGGCCGACUAUGGCACGUUCCGGCCGAACAUCACCGUCUUCUUCACGCUCCUCGCCGUGGCCGUGUCGUUUGCCUGGCUGGGGGUGGAGGACGCGUCGCAUUGGAGAGCUGGGGUCGCGCUGUACAUUCUAGGAUUAAUCGCUUAUCAGGGAUCGUUGACGUUCUGGACCGCCGCGUUUGCUGGCCUGGCACGUGACCUGCCGGAAGUUCAGACCAGCUUGGAAGAAGUGAAAGAAGGAAAUAAAACCGUAGAAGAACACGCUGAUUUGACUUCACUGUCUCGGAACCGAAUUUCCAACAUCUCAUUCACGGUGUCCUCCCUCGGCGAAAUCAUCAUUCUGGUCGUCAUGGUCGGAAUCAUCAAAGGCCUCAACGCAGGGGCCAGCACAGCGAACAACACGAAAGCCUUCAGUGUGCUGAUCGCGUUCUCGGGCGGAGUGUGGCUGCUGUGUGCGCUGCCCUGGUUUGUCCUGGAGAAGCGGCGACCGGGAUUGAAGCUUCCCCCGGGAAGCACUCUGCUGACGAUCGGGUUCAAGCAGACGUAUGUUGCGUUUCGGGAGUGUCUCCGGCUGAAGCAGACGUUUUUGUAUCUGAUUUUCUAUUUCCUCAUGGGUGAUGUCCUGAAUACAACCGUGACGGUCAUCGGCACGCUCCAAAACAGUGUCGUGGCGUACUCGACCCUGCAACUGACUCUGCUUCUGAUAGUCGGAAUUGCCGCCCAGGCUGCGGGAAUAUAUGCAUUCUGGGUGGUGCAGAAACGGUUCCGAAUCAGUACCAAAGCGAUGUUGUCGUUCAACGUCUUUUGGAUCAUCGUUUUGACGAUCUGGGGACUCAUUGGAGUGCACACAGAUAAGUUCGGUUUCAAGCAUGUUUGGGAGAUCUGGGCCUAUCAAGCCUUCUAUGGAUUGAUGGUCUGUCCCUGGUAUGCCUACUCGCAGACCAUGAUCAGCGAAGUCUCGCCGCUACCCCAAAUGUUUGCCUGUUUCUUUCGCCGCGGCCUAUUCCAACUCUCACGCGCGAUACACAGGUUCCUGUUCUUCGCGCUGUUCUCCGUGGUUGGCAAGACAUCGGCUUUCAUCGGCCCCUUCGUGUCUUCUGCCAUCAUCACGGCCUCGAACAACAACGACAACAUGCCUUUCGCGUUUCUGUUCGCGCUCGGCACGUUCAGCACGGUCUUUCUCUGGCUGGUGGAUGUGGACAAGAGCCGCGUCGAGUGCGAGGCGUUCGUCCGCGCCGAAGAGAGUGGGAAGGCGUUUGACGUCGAUGCUCAGGUGACAGGCGAAGCGGGACGGUAGAGUAUGUCUGUUCGCUUAUACGGCAUGCAUCCUUGGCAGCCUGCGCAGCCCUGAACGUGACUGUUUCUGCGCGCACAAAGAAAAUCCGGCUCGGCCCGUCUGCAUGUGUGGUGAACGCGCAGAUGGUUGUAAGUAUCAGAUGAUCUGAAGAUAAAGUCCUUGCUGUAUCCAGCCCUCGUUGGGGCCGGUCGCGUUUCCAUUUCGGCUUCAUAUCCGUAACAAGAUUGUGGGUGUUGAGUCCGAGUCCGACAUCCAAACGCCGAUACUGUCCAUGUGGUAUCGCACCCGCGCGCGAUCGAUCUCCCAGCCCCAGCCACGAAGCGGAUUGUUCCCCGUGGCUAUCUGGGCCCCGACUUUCAAAAUCCGUUCAUUUUGAAUCCGAUGUUCAAGCGCCGAAACAUGUGGGACGUGGGACGUCCCUACCACGAAAUGGUCUGUAAAUGGGAUACCGCAAGUUCACCGUUGACACUGCCGACUGAAAAUUUCUCCGAUCGCUGGUACUAACACUGUCACUACCGACAUCAGGGCGACUGCCACCAAAGCCACCAAAACCUCCCAGUCGCAGGCCGUCCAAAUGUGUGCGUCCGAGGAGUCCAGAAGCUGAAUCAGGUUUCUGCCCCGCAUUAGUGAUGAAUAGACCCGCACAGGCUAAGAACGACACCGCAGGCCAUGCUACAGCCUACAACCCUCUUAAGCUUAGAGUAACGACAGCACACCCUCUCCUCUACACUGUUGCCAUGCGUCUGUUUGGUCAUGGGUGCCCUAGAUUCAUCCUCCGCGGCGAGAUCGGGCCUCUCAACCGGUGUCCCGAUACUGCUGUGUUCUUGAUAUCUGUGAAGCCAUGGGGGAGGUAAGUUUGGAAAGAAGCCACGCGGCCGUGACGGCCUCUGGAAAUCUGGUACAGAGACCUUGUACCAGUUUGUUUCGUUGAACAGUGACAAUAUUUGCCCCCCCAGGCGUUAUUCAACUAUGUGCUCGGAAUGUAGAUCAUUGCUUCUUGGAUACGCGGGAGAGCCAAACGGACGAUACAUGGAAAUUUCGGACAUCUUAAACUUGUCCCAGAUCUGCUGAAAAUAAGUGAGCAGACUUUUGUGGUGCUGAUUUGGCCGGAAAAUUGAGGGGCACAUUGGGCCGGGCUCCCGACGGCAAAGUCAAAUCCUAUUCUUGGGAGUAGAAAGUCGUAAAUCUGACCUUGUUCAACUCUAUUCCGGAGGGGCCCUUACUCCACGUCCGUGGGCCCCGAUCCCUACACCAACCCCCGAUAUCAAAGGCAUUCCAAC